AUGUUGGGUCAGGCGGCCAGCUGGGAGCCGGAGCUCCGAGCUGUGCUGUCACUGAUGGUGUUCUGUUUGUCGGUGUGGGCGGGACGAGCGACCCCCGGGUCGGAGCUCCUCAAUCUCAGGUACCGCGACGAGCGGGCGGUGGCGGCCGGGAAGCAGCAACACCUCGUGGGCCCAUCGGGAGUGGGUGGACCCGGCCUUUCCCUGCCCCAACGCGUCGUACUGGGGCUUGGCACCGCCGUACUGCCGUACACUUGGUCACGGCUGUGCCGUACGGCGCACGAGGGCGACUGGGCGGAAUCGGAGGCGGGGUCUUGGCGGCGGAUUGCCUGGCGGGGUAUGCGGUGGUGCGAGGCGGCGGUGACGGCGGCGGCGGCGGUCAACUCCUGGGUCUUCCUCGUUGGGGGGAACUACCGCUCCCUUAUGGAGCGGCUGGUGGGCGCCCGCCUCGUGUGGCGGCAGGCCGCCAUGGCCCGUAUCAUUUCCUUCGAGUACCUCAACCGCCAACUGGUGUGGCAGGAGCUCUCCGAGGCGCUACUGCUGCUGCUGCCACUCCUUGAUAUAAACCGACUGCGGAGGACAGCGCUGAGGGCGCUGCCCAGGCCGAGUAAUGUGGCAGUGGCGCCCGCAGCCGCUGCCGACGGCGGUGUCGUUAGCGGCGGCUGCCCUCUCUGCGGCAGCGACGAGCCGCUGACGGCAGUUUUGGCGCUGCCUUGCCGUCACACGUACUGCUAUUACUGUCUGCGGUCGCACACGCUUGCAGAUCCUAGGUUUGUCUGUCCGGUGGAUGGUGAUAUGGUGCAAAAAGUACGACAGCGCCACAGGUACAAAGCCCGAAUGACAGCAAAUGAGAUCGGGCACAACGUGACAGCAAAAAUUCUUUCAAUUCAUAAAAGCUACAUGGCAUACGUUCAGGACACCCGUAGUGAGGAAUGGGCGUUGCCAAAGCCCAACAGCUCUCACGUUGCCAAACCUCAUCAACAAGGGUCAAGGUGCCAAAUUAGUGCCACAUUAUUCCUACUUGCCAACCGAGCGGCACACCUGCUGAAAAUUGGACAAGUUGGAGUGUGAGACCUUUAUCCAGACUUUUAGCUCUCCGACCAUUCUUCGCGCGCGCUGAGCCUUGAUGGCAGGCUUGUGAGACUACCUCCGCACUCUUCCGCACCCCAACUCUUCCAUAUCGCAAUCCGCCUGGCAUUGCCC